AUGCCUCAAAGAGAGAGAGUCCAGAGGGAGAGGGAGGAGCGAAUGGGCAGAUCCACCACUGUUCCGCCUGGUGAAAAUCCGGCAGAAACGUACCACCGGUUAAAGGGUCUGUAUCGUCGUUGGAUCCGACCGGAGGAGCACACCAAGGAGGAGAUUGGAGACGCCAUCAUCCUGGAGCAGUUUCUACGCGUCCUCCCAGGCGAUAUCCGAACCUGGGUAAUGGAGCAUGAGCCGAAGGAGGGGCUAGCGGCUGCCAAACUGACCCAGCAGUACAUCAACGCCAGGAAAGGAGCACGUCAACCAACUCCACCACCAAGGUUUCCACGCCGCGAGGGUCCAACGGAAUGGGAGAGUCCUGCCAAGUCUGCCAGUGACCAGAGUAUCGUGCAAUAUGUGCUGGAGAUGAGGGAACGGCUGGUGAAAUACCAGGAGGAAGCAACCCACAACCUCACUGAGGCCCAGAGAAGCCAGAAGACCUGUGUUCCCGCCCUCAUCCUUAUUUCCUGCCUUCCGAUUGGUCAGCUCCUGCUCAUCCGUCCCCAUCAUAUCAGCACCAUCUGUUUUGGACUCCGCACUUUCCGAUUUCGCAUGGCUAUUAGUCACAUCCUGCUCAGUCGUUCUUCAGAGCUGACCCAGCUGCUGGCCUCAGAGGUGCCUCCAGAGCCUCUUCGUCCAGAGAAGGAUCGAGUGGUGUUUUUUCAGCGGCUCGCAGUUUUCUAUGUGCGUUACCUUCAGGUCUUUCGAAACCUAGAGGUAGCUUACGACCAGGUGGUGCACCCUCAGAAGAGAGUACUCAUUCGAACCAAUCUCGAUGGUGUCAUAGGACGACUGCUGGAGUUGAAGAAUGAGAUGGUCGAAAAAGAGUAUUCUGAAUAUCAUUACAUGGAUGAUGUGUUACAUGAUUUAAAACUGACACCAGAAAAUCUGGAGAUACCUAUCCCACAACAUUUCAUAAGUGAAUACAGCAAAGACGUGAAAGAACGUAAAGAGAUGGUCACAAACAUCCUGAAAACCAUGGCGAUCACUGAACGCCCACAAUUCUGGAGAGGCUUUGUGGAAAGAAAGAAAACACAGAUUGCCAGAGAGCAGGAGGAGAUUCUUUUGGGAAUGGCUAUGGACCCUAAAUAUUAUACAAAACUUCCUACAGAAAUCACAGCUCUAGAAAACGAGGCUCAGACGCGGAUCAAACAAAAAGAGUACGAGGAAGACUAUCAGAAGUCCAUCGUUGCCGUCAAAAGCCAACUCAAACACGUGGAAGGGCAGGACAUCAGCCAAACUAUGAAAGACCAAAUCAGACAGUGGUUUUUCGAAUGCCGAGACGCAACAGGUACAUUUCCAGAUUACCCAGACGACGAAGAAGGAGGAUCUGCACUGAUUUUUACUGAGAAAAACCCACAACAAUUGAUGGAAGAAAUUGCUGCAAAAGAAGAGGAGGAAGCUAACGCCAAACCAAAAGGCAAAGAGGAGAAGGGGAAAAAGGACAAGGGCAAAGCUGUAGAAGAUGAAGAGGAGGAGGGGCUGAAAAUGCUGCCAUCUGCUUUUUUGGCUGACCUGGUUGUAGGCAACAAAAUGUACGACGAUUAUUGGAGAAGUCGCGACGAAUCCAAAAACUAUAUUCAAAAGCACGUUGUGGAACUGAUCAAAGAAGAGAAAAGGAGAGAAAUAGAAGCGGAGGUUCGCCUGCAGGUGGACGAGCAGAUGCGUCAGGAGCUGGCUGAAUGGAAACUCUCUGUAGACAAAGAGAAACUCGUUAAAGCCAAAGCUAACGCCAAAAAAAAGAAAGGCUCCAAAAGUGGGAAAAAGAAGAAAAAGGAGAAGGAUCUCACUGCGGACCGAACUCUAGAGUCUCUGUGUAAAGAGCUGGCAGAACAAGGCCUUUUGAAACAACCGGAUGACGUCAAAAUGAAAGACUUUUUAGGAGACUACAGUUAUCUGGGCACCACACUGAGGCAGAAUGACAUCGAGCCCAUGCCGUCUCUGUCCGAUGUGCGUCAGGUUUUGUCUCUUUAUGCCAUUCUGCCUUUAGGCUCCCAGUUUGUCCAUGAAAGAGCUCCGUUGAUAAAAGCCAUCUUGUUGGCCGGCCCAGCAGGCGUGGGCAAGAAGAUGCUGGUGCAUGCGGUCUGUCAGGAAACAGGAGCAAACUUAUUUGAUCUGUCUCCCCUCAACACGGCAGGAAAGUACCCAGGCAAGAGCGGAGCCGCAAUGAUGCUCCACAUGGUGUUCAAGGUAGCACGUUUGCUGCAGCCUUCUGUUAUUUGGAUUGGAGAUGCAGAAAAAAUGUUUUACAAAAAGGUUCCAAAAGAAGAAAGAGAGCUCGACCCUAAACGCCUGAAGAAAGACCUGCCUAAAGCUCUGAAGUUAAUCAAAGGAGAAGAUCGAGUGCUUAUCAUCGGAACGACCAACGACCCUCUGAGCGCCGACAUCAAAGGACUGUGUAAAAUGUACAGCAAAAUCCUGCUGAUUCCCCGACCGGAUUAUGGCUCUCGCUUCAUCUUGUGGAAGCAGCUCAUUCAGAAACACGGAGGCAAACUGACCAAAGCCCUGAAUCUGAGCUCACUGUCCAAGAUUUCUGAUGGUUUCACUGCUGGUCACAUCGUCAAAGUGAUACAGACAGUUAUAACCAAGAGACGCAUCCUUCAACAAGCCCAGGUCCCACUGACAGCGAUGGAGUUCAUCGAGCCAUUAGCCAAAAUUGAGCCAGUAUUUCAGGAGGAAGAAGAGGCUCUCAAGGGCUGGUAUGCAAAGACUCCACUUGGAAAGAAACGUAUUAAAGCUGCCACAGGACAGGACGAGGAGGAGGCUUCAGCUAAACCUGCUAAAGGCAAAGAUGCCAAAAAGAAAGGGAAAUAA